AUGGGAGGGAAACGGGUGACGGGAGGCCAGGUAUUUAUGGGCAAAGGGAAAGGAGAGGGACGGGGACCGAGAGAGGAGAGUGAGCGGGAGCGGGCGAGCCAGCGAGCCAGCGAGCUGGGCGGGAGGGCAGACGGACGGGGGCGCGGCGGCGGCAAGACGAGGCAGGGCAGGGCAGGGCAACGGCAGAGGCAAAGGCAGAGGCAGAGGCAAAGGCAAGGCUACAAGCUACGCAGAGGGACUACAGCGGCUGCUAACGGUCGUGGUAUCCGGUACUUGAGACGGGCUCGACCAGGAGACGGCAGAAUGUGGGAGGGCAGCGGAGGACAGACAGCUCGUCUUGGUCAAGAGGCAACGGGGAUGCUCUGCGGCGUCGGAUGUCACUGGUACGGGCGCGGCGGGCUGGGGCUAGCUGGCUCGAGGUCGCGUCAGCCUCAAUCAGCAGAGCUGUGGGCGUACAUGCGGUACUGCAGAGGGAGUGGAGGCGGGGAGAGGGAGACGGAGGGAUGGGAGGGAGAGUGUGAGAGGCAGAGAGAGGGAGACGUCCAAGGAGGGGGACCAUGGGGCCCAGACGGACGGACAGAGAGUGAGAGCGUCGCUGGGCGCACGGGGAGGGCGUGGGCCUUGUCGGCCAGCAGCUUGUGCGUGCUGCCCAGGUUGCGUGGGCGUGGUGCCGGCAGAGGUACUCGUACACAACCUGUUGCCCAGUGA